AUUAGAUUCCCAUUUUUUAUUAUAAAUUUAAACAGAAAACAACAUAAUUUGUAAUUAUAAUUCCUACUAUUUGGUUUAUUAAAACCAAGUUAUAAUCAUUAUUUUUAAGAAAAAAAUAGGCAACUUUUAAUAAAGUAAUCUACCUAAAUAUCUGCACACUUUAUAUAAAGAAUGGGAAAACAUGUGAUCUCAAUUCUUUUUCUUUCAAUAAUAUUAUUAACAUAUCCUGUUGAGGCUAGGCAUAUUUAUAAUGCUCAAAAAACUAAUUAUGAAAGCGAAAAAUUAACUAGAUAGAAUGUUUAAAUUAAUAUCUAAAGAGAAGAAUCAAACUAAUAGUCUACAGUUAGGAACAAGCACUUGACUUAAAAUUAGGAUGAAGAAGUAGCAGCUGAAAAUUAUUAAAAUAUAAUAUUAUUAGGUAAAAGUGGCUCAAGUUAUCCUAGAGCGUUGGUCAUUUCAAUCAUUUCAACAAUAGUCGUUAGUUGCAUGUGUUUCUUCACUCAGUUUGUUUUAGAGUUUUCUAAAAGAUGCAAACAAAAUUACAGCGAACUUUAGUAUAUCAAAAAAAUAUAAAUUAUAUAAGAAUAGCAAAUGCUGGAACAGCUAGAAUAACAAAAAAUAUUUGAGUAAAACAUAUUUUCUAAUUCUUAAAUUGAUAUUCAAAAUGAGCAAAACUAGUAAAAUUAAGUAUGA